AUGACUGAAUGUACCUGUCACCUGCAGCCGGACGCCGCCUUCUUCAGGAUCGAUCUACCAAACAGCGGCAACAUCAUGUUGGACAAACAUCUUGACUUUGAGACAAGGCCUCACCUGGAGUUCAUUAUCUGGGCCCAGGAAUCAAACACAGAUGAGAAAUUCAACACGUCUGCUCAUUUAUCUGUGAACAUCGAGGACGGAGACGAUCAAUAUCCUCACUUCCUGCCCUGUUCACCAGUCGCUCCAGGUGUUCCUGUCUGCAUUAACCCUGCCUACACCACCAACAUCACACACAGAACACAGAAUGUUGUUCUGGAGUUCUCUCCUGGUCCAAUCAGAGCGGUGGACGGAGACAGAGGAAUCAACAUGUCUCUGAUCUACAGCAUCCUAUCAGGUGACGAUCAGGGCAGGUUUGAGAUCAACAACACGACAGGUGAGCUCAGGUUAACUCGAGCUGUGGACGACCGACGACUGAUACCAAACUUCACACUCAAAGUCAUGGUGUCUCAGGUGGACGACAGGCUGAAAUACAGCGUGGCGUUGGUCGUGGUCAGAGUUUUGAAUGAAAACACGUUCCCUCCAGUUUUUAACAGAACCACUUUUAAAGGUUUCAUCAUCCAGAGCUCUAGCCCGACCUCCAUCGUCUCAACCUAUGGAAACCAGGUGUUACAGGUCCAGGUGUCCGACCGCGACUUCUCUAAUGGCCUGAAUCCAAACAUCCGCUACUCACUUCAUCCUCUGUCUGGCUUGUACCAUGUUACUCAGAUGGGGAUCCUGAUCGCCAGGACGGACCAACUGCACGCCUUCGACCGCCACAUCCUACAGGUUGUAGCUAGAGAUGAAGAAUCAGGAGAAGAAGUUUCAGCAUCAGUUGAUGUUGAAGUUCUGCAGAGAGGACAAGCAGUCCCUCAUGGUGCGUUCACUGAACAGCAGAUGUUUGGAGAUAUGGACACUCGACUGGCCGGAGGAAUUGCAGUAUUGAUCGCACUGAUGUUUAUAUCAGGUCUUCUGUUUCUGCUGCUUCGAUCAGUGAAGAGACAACGUUUACAGAGCGAUCCUGAAGUGCACACGGCUGUCGCUCUGGAAAAACAUCCAAACGUGGUAAUGAACAGUGACACGUUUACACACUGAUGAGAAGGGUCGGCCUUUAA